UAUGAUAUCGUACUUACAUUGGCUUACAUCCCAGAAGAGUGAACUGAACUACAGAGAAAAGUGCGGCAAACCAACUGCAGAGAAGAUUCUUUCUUUUUUUUUUCUCUCGAUCAAUUUCAGAUUCAGAAAGAAGAAUGUCUCACACUGUCACACCCGUGAACUCUUCAACACUUGUCAUCCAGUUUCAACCACCAGCAGCUGGAACUGGGACAAAUGCUCCUGUGCCUGUUUAUGGACAACAGCUAGCAGGAGUUUCACCUCUUCAUGGACUUCAGCCAUUUCUGAAAGGCCAACCAAAAGCCCUUGGGACUGUCCAGAUAAUGAUUGGUCUGUUGACUCUCUUGUUGGGAAUCGUGUCUACAAUUUAUGCAGAUUCCAUCUUUGUCUUUAGUGGUAUUCCUUAUUGGGGAUCUCUCAUUUACAUCAGCGCAGGCUCGCUCUGCAUUGCUGCAGAAAACAGAAUUCAGAAUCAGAAUUCACCCUCCAGUUUGUGUUUGGUGAAAGGUUCACUUGGCAUGAACAUUUUCAGUGCUAUAACUGCAGGCACUUCCUUUGUCAUAAUUUCAUUGGAUUUGGGUCUAGGGCCAUUCAACAUGUACGAUUACUGCAAUGAUUAUGAUUGUUAUUAUAUUGAGGACAAGUAUAAGGCUCUCUUCUGGGGAAUCGGUAGUGUAUCGUUGAUAUUCGCCUUCCUUCAGUUUAUCAUCUCCAUCUGUCUGUCAGCAUUUGCCUGUAAAGUCGCCUGCUGCUGUUCUCCACAGGUGCCGUUAGUUCCUCAAGUUUUGACUCAACAUCCCUGUUGUUUUGGGCACAAUCAUUUCCAAGAUCUUAACAACUCGGAGAUACCUGUGGUCAGCAACCCUGCCAUGCACCACCUUCCUGCAGAAAUUCCUCCACAAUACAGUGAAUCUAAAUAAAUAUGAAUAUUAAAAGUCGACCGAGUUGAAAUGGGACACAUGGGUUUUCACAGGGCCUUCCUGUCUAUUAUCUCUAAUGACUCUCAUUAAAAAGAGAACAUGACAGCAAAUGAAAAAUGACUUGAUCAGAUUACAAUUACAGAUUUCAUAACUCACAAAUGUAUAAGAAAAAGUAAGAAAAUAAUGAAAUAGUCUAUUCUUGAAUAGUUAUUUAAUAACUACUCAAGAAUAGAUACUAUUUCAUUAUUUUCUUUGUCAAGAAAGUUGCCUAAUAAUUGAUAAAACUUGUUUUAUAUCUUGUUUUGCACAACUAAUUGCUCAAUACAGUAUAAUCUGUGAGAAUAAAAAUACAGAAUAUAUUGAGUUUGUUUGUCACCUUUAUUUAAAGUGUGUGAUAUUGCAUUGUCAUCAGUUUCAUGGAUCUCAUCAACAGAGCAUAUAAAACAGGCUAUCGAGGAGAUGCUGAACUCCUGGGAAAUAGACAAGCAAUAGACUAAACCCCAUGACAUUGUGCAGGACAAUGCAAGAAAUAUA